UCAUCCUUUAUGAAAACGAUUUUUUAAACGACAGCGUUUCUUGUUUGAUAAUCUGUAAUGUUCAAGUCAAAAUGGGAACUCGAUUACUCGAACGUGUCUGACUCUUCUUUGGCUUUACCGGUCAUGUCCAAAUCUCGGGCAGUUGUGGAGCUCACUGCUCGAUUCGAUCUCGGCGGCGACGAUAAGAUCCGAGCUUUAUCUCUCUCACCUAUCUCCGAUUCCCAAACCCUAGUAUACCUCGGAACCUCCUCCGGAUCUCUGAUUCUCCUCUCUCUCGACACUUUAACUAAUAUCGUCUCGCGUCUCGGGAGUGUGUCGCUGAGUGCUUCUCCUGUUGAGUCUAUCUUUGUGCUUGGAGAGGAAAGAGGGAAAGUUCUAGCACUCUGCAAUGGCUACUUGUUCUUGGUGGAUUCGCUUCUUUCUCAACCAGCUAAGAGAUUGGGUGGUUUAUUGAAAGGAAUCAAUGUGAUUGCUAGGAGAGUGAGAGGACGUGACUCGUCGAGUACUGACUUGUUGCCUUCUGAGAUUUCGACGGAUUCUAGCUCGAGUAAGAAGUUUCUUCAGUUGCUUGGUGCUGGGAAUCUGGUGAAUGAUGUUAAAGGUAAGGACUUUCGACAUGAGAGAGUCCAUCAAGGUCAUUAUGUUUUCGCUGUUGCUAUUGGUGAGAGAAUGUUGUUGAUUGAACUUCAAUGUGAUGAAAAAGAAGGGUUAAGUGGUUCUUUUGUUGUUUUGAAAGAGAUUCUGGGAAUUGGUGGGAUCAAGACUUUGGUUUGGCUUGAUGAUUAUGUUAUUGCGGGAACUGUUAAAGGUUAUAGUUUGAUCUCGUGUGUUACUGGUCUAAGUGGGGUGAUUUUUACAUUGCCUGAUGUGUCUGGUCCCCCGCUGCUGAAAUUGCUUUGUAAAGAGUGGAAAGUGUUGUUGUUGGUGGAUAAUGUUGGAGUUGUUGUGGACACAAAUGGUCAGCCUAUUGGAGGGAGCCUUGUGUUUCGUAGGAGGCCUGAUUCUGUUGGAGAAUUGUCUUUCUAUUUGGUGACUGUCGGAGAUGGGAAAAUGGAAAUACAUCAGAAGAAGUCUGGUGCUUGUGUUCAAUCAGUUAGUUUUGGUCCUCAAGGAUGUGGGCCUUCACUUUUGGCCGCAGAUGAGGCAGGAGACGGAAACCUUUUGGCUGUCACUACUUUGUCAAAGCUUAUUUUUUAUCGGCGAGUGCCUUACGAAGAACAGAUUAAAGACCUCUUGAGGAAAAAGAGAUACAGAGAAGCCAUCUCCUUGGUGGAGGAACUUGACUCACAGGGGGAGAUUUCGAAAGACAUGCUUUCGUUUCUUCAUGCUCAAAUAGGGUAUCUACUGCUUUUUGAUUUGCGCUUUGAGGAAGCUGUGAAUCAAUUUUUGAAGUCAGAAAAAAUGGAACCUUCUGAAGUUUUUCCUUUUAUCAUGCGGGAUCCUAAUCGCUGGUCUUUGGUGGUUCCAAGAAACAGAUACUGGGGACUGCAUCCUCCCCCUGCUCCUUUCGAAGAUGUUGUAGAUAAUGGGCUGAUGGCCAUCCAGAGAGCCAAUUUUCUAAGAAAAGCAGGAAUGGACACUCCGGUUGACGAAGAGUUUUUCUCAAAUCCCCCUAGUAGAGCUGAUUUAUUGGAUUCAGCAAUUAAAAACAUUACCAGGUACCUUGAGAUAUCACGUGAGAAGGACUUAAUUCACCCAGUGAGGGAGGGAAUAGACACGCUUCUAAUGCUUCUUUACAGAGCAUUAAACCGUAUUGAAGAUAUGGAGAAUCUUGCAUCUUCCGAUAAUAACUGUGUUGUGGACUUUACAACUUGUGGCGCGAUGCAGGAGGAGUUGGAGACUCUUCUAACUGAAUCUGGACACUUACGGACACUUGCAUUCCUCUAUGCAAGUAAGGGGAUGAGUGCAAAAGCUCUUGCUAUUUGGCGUCUCUUUACGAAGAAUUAUUCAUCUGGUCUAUGGCAAGACUCAGAUGAUUUGGUGCCCUAUUUACACGAGAACGAGCUCAUUAGGUUAUCUGGUAAAGAGGCUGCUGCCGCAGAAGCAGCCAGAAUUCUUGAGGAACCCUGUGAUCCAGAACUGGCAUUGCAGCAUCUUAGUUGGAUUUCAGAGAUAAACCCAUUGUUUGCUAUCCAAGUCUUGACGUCAGAUAAAAGGACAGAAGAGCUUUCGCCAGAGCAAGUGAUCCAAGCUAUUGAUCCCAAAAAGGUUGAAAUCAUACAGAGGUACUUCCAAUGGUUGAUUGAGGAAAGAGACUACACUGACCCGCAGCUGCAUACAUCGUACGCUCUCUCACUUGCCAGAUCAGCACUUGAGUGUGUUGAAGUUCAAAAUGGUAUCCAAGAAGCUGAUGCUGGAGGCAGAGAGGCACAUGAUUGUAAUGUUGGAAGUGUUUCUUUGUUUGAAAGUGAUGUACGAGAAAGAUUGCAGACCUUUUUGCAGUCUUCAGAUCUAUAUGAUCCUGAAGAAAUCUUGGAAUUGAUAGAAGGAUCAGAACUGUGGUUGGAAAAGGCAAUCCUAUACCGAAGGAUAGGGCAGGAGACAUUGGUUCUCCAAAUUCUUGCUCUGAAGCUUGAGGAUUGUGCAGCUGCAGAGCAAUAUUGUGUAGAGAUUGGAAGACCAGAUGCAUUUAUGCAGUUACUUGAUAUGUACCUGGAUCCUCAAAAUGGUAAAGAACCUAUGUUCAAGGCUGCUGUUCGUCUUCUCCACAACCACGGGGAAUCCCUUGAUCCUUUGCAAGUUUUGGAAAAAUUGUCUCCUGAUAUGCCCUUAAAACUGGCAUCAGAUACAAUUUUGAGAAUGCUGAGGGCUCGGGUUCAUCAUCAUCGCCAAGGCCAAAUCGUACACAAUAUCUCUCGUGCAUUGGAUGUUGACUCGAGGUUAGCAAGAUUAGAAGAAAGAUCACGGCACAUGCAAAUAAAUGAUGAGAGCCUCUGUGAUUCCUGCUAUGCCCGUCUGGGAACUAAGCUAUUUGCUAUGUACCCCGACGAUACCAUUGUAUGUUACAAGUGUUACCGACGCCUGGGUGAAUCAAAGUCAGUAACAGGCCGUGACUUCAAGCGAGAUGUUCUGAUAAAACCCGGUUGUUUUCGUUUCGCUUUAUUCGUCGAAUCGUUCCUCUCCGAUCACCGGUUAAAGCAACAGUUAAAUUCUGGCAAAAAAAUGUCGAUUAAUAUGAGAACGCUAACGCAAGCACUGGCCAAAACGGCUGCGGUGAUUGAGAAGACGGUUCAAACCACAGUCCAGGAGGUUACAGGUCCCAAACCUCUUCAAGACUACGAGCUUCUCGAUCAGAUCGGUUCCGGUGGUCCUGGUCUCGCCUGGAAGCUUUACUCAGCCAAGGCACGUGACUCCACGCGACCUCAGCAGUAUCCAACCGUCUGCGUCUGGGUGCUUGAUAAGCGCGCUUUAUCUGAGGCUCGUGCUAGGGCGGGAUUAUCUAAAGCUGCUGAAGAUGCGUUUCUCGAUUUGAUUCGUGCUGAUGCGGGAAAGCUUGUGCGGUUGAGACAUCCCGGUGUGGUUCAUGUGGUUCAGGCGCUUGAUGAGAAUAAGAAUGCUAUGGCUAUGGUUACAGAGCCACUCUUCGCAUCUGUGGCUAACGCGCUUGGGAAUGUGGAAAAUGUGGUUAACGUUCCGAAAGAUCUUAAGGCUAUGGAGAUGAGCUUGUUGGAGGUGAAGCAUGGUCUUCUCCAAAUUGCUGAGACAUUGAACUUUCUUCAUAAUAACGCCCAUCUUAUUCAUUGUGCUGUUUCUCCAGAGAAUGUUUAUAUUACUUCGGCUGGUUCUUGGAAGCUUGCCGGAUUUGGCUUUGCUAUUUCAGAAGCACAGAAUGGGAAUUUGGAUAACUUGCAAUCAUUCCACUACUCUGAAUAUGAUGUUGAGGACUCAAUCCUGCCUCUCCAACCAUCUUUAAAUUAUACUGCACCUGAAUUGGUGCGGAGCAAAACUCAUUCGGCUGGAGUUUCUUCAGAUAUUUUUAGUUUCGGAUGUCUCGCUUAUCAUUUAGUGGCACGGAAACCAUUGUUUGAUUGCCAUAACAAUGUCAAGAUGUACAUGAACACAUUGAACUAUUUAACAAAUGAAACUUUCUCAUCUAUACCCUCGGACUUGGUAUCUGAUUUACAACGGAUGCUAUCAAUGAACGAGUCAUAUAGACCAACAGCAUUAGAUUUCACAGGAUCUAAUUUUUUCCGAAGCGACACUAGGUUGCGUGCUCUCCGUUUCCUUGAUCAUAUGCUUGAAAGAGACAACAUGCAGAAGUCUGAGUUCUUAAAAGCAUUAUCAGAUAUGUGGAAAGAUUUUGAUUCUCGUGUAUUACGGUAUAAGGUGCUUCCUCCUCUUUGUGCUGAACUUAGGAAUUUGGUUAUGCAACCAAUGAUUCUUCCCAUGGUUCUAACUAUAGCAGAGUCUCAGGAUAAGAAUGACUUUGAGUUGACAACGCUCCCAGCCCUUGUUCCUGUUCUGAGUACUGCUACGGGUGAUACAUUACUGUUGCUUAUAAAGCGUGCAGAGCUUAUUAUUAACAAGACUAAUGCAGAGCAUCUUGUAUCACAUGUCCUCCCUUUGCUUCUCCGAGCCUACAAUGAUAACGAUGUCCGGAUACAGGAGGAAGUUCUGAAGAGAUCUACAUCUGUUGCCAAACAACUCGAUGGUCAGGUUGUAAGGCAAGCAAUUUUGCCUCGUGUUCAUGGCUUGGCUCUCAAAACCACAGUUGCUGCCGUCAGAGUAAAUGCUUUGCUUUGCUUAGCAGAGCUGGUUCAAACACUUGAUAAACUCGCUGUUACUGAAAUUCUGCAAACAAUUCAACGCUGUACUGCUGUUGAUCGUUCUGCACCAACCCUUAUGUGUACUCUUGCAAUCGCAAACGCAAUUCUCAAGCAGUAUGGAGUUGAAUUCACUUCAGAACAUGUGCUUCCCCUGAUUAUACCGCUUCUCACUGCCCAACAAUUGAAUGUCCAACAGUUUGCCAAAUAUAUUCUAUUUGUCAAGGAUAUUCUCAGGAAAAUAGAGGAAAAAAGAGGAGUUACAGUAAAUGAUUCUGGAGUCCCAGAAGUAAAACCAGGCUCUGUUGCGGAUGGGCUUCAGUUUCAAACACCAACCCAAAAAACUGACAAGGUUGCUUCUGCAGCAAAGAAUAGUCCUGCAUGGGAUGAAGAUUGGGCCCUCCCGACCCAAAUUUCUGCUCCAAGAGAUCCUGGACCUGCAAACUCUCAGUUUAACAAUUUUACAGUUCAGUCACAGUCAUCGAACCUGGCAUCAGUACCAACAACAUGCCCUGCAGUUGACCUAGAGUGGCCUCCAAGACAAUCUUCCAAUGCCACGGCUCAGCCAGCUAAUAAUGAGACACGGAUAAACGAAGCAGGAACAUCAUCAACUCCAACUUUUGAUGAACUAGACCCUUUUGCUAACUGGCCACCACUGCCCAACGGUGCUUCCACUGCCUCUGGCGGUUUCCACAACAAUACUACCACUCAACCUCCUCUUAACAACAGUGGUUCUGGUUUGAGUAACAAUUUAACAGUCGGUAGGCAGUUUCAGACAGCUAACAACGACUUCUGGGCCUUUGGAAAUGCCUCCCUCUCUUCUAUGAAAUCACAGCAAGAGACUCCGGGUAUCAGCGCAAGUAACCCACAUCCUAUGAACUCUUUCGGGAUUCAGAAUCAGAACCAAGGAAUGCCGUCUUUUGGAAGCAGUUCAUACAGUAACCAGAAGCCGCCAGCAGACAUCAGUUCUAUAUUCAGUUCAAGCAGAACCGGGCAAUCUGCGAUGAAACUCGCACCGCCGCCUUCAAUAGCUGUGGGAAGAGGAAGGGGAAGGGGUAGAAGUGGGACUUCUACCUCAAAGCCAAGUGGUUCAAAGGAGCAACAAACCGAGCAGCCAUCGCUGUUAGAUCUUUUGUGAUUAGAGUUUUGGUCGAGACAUUGGGUUCCAUUAUAUAAUUUAUAUACAUCACAGUUACAGGUUCUUUCUCUAAACUCUGUAAAUCGUUUUGCUCAUUGUUUUCUUAAUUAGUCACUCUGAUUCCGUUAGUGUUUUAUCAUAGAGCCUCUGUGCAGUGCAAUGGAUACAUAGGAGAUCUUUAUCGUGUUUUCAGGAACAUAGUAUCUCUCUUUCAAUUUGGAAUAUGUUCCAGAAAAAAAUCAUGGAUCAAUCGUUGUACAUAAUAAUCCCCUUCUAAAUUGAUGAUUUAUAGUUAUGACUUAUGUAUAACAUAUUUUGCAAGAGAUUAAAUUAUUGUGAUCUUCUUAUGUAUCUCAAUUCAAUUCUUGUACCCUUUUUUUAUCCUCGAGUUUGUCCCUAGUGUUUUCGCCUCUGAAGAAUAAGCUAAUAAUGAUUUUCUUUUGUC